GAGGCAAUUAAAACCAUCUCAAUGGAAAGUAGCUCUUGGCUUGUAUGACCAAUCAGAUAUGACAGAACCUUCAACAGUAAUUCAAAACAUUGAUCAAAUAGUUAUAAAUCCUCAUUACAUGAAGCGUACCAAAGAUAGUGAUAUUGCUCUCAUGCACCUUCAACACAAAGUGCAAUAUAGAGAUUACAUACAACCUAUCUGCUUACCAGAAAAAAAUCAACAGUUUUUACCAGGAAUUAACUGCUGGAUUGCUGGCUGGGGUAAUAUUAUGAACGAAGGUCCCACUUCAGAUAUAUUGCAAGAAGCGGAGGUCCCUCUCAUUUCAAAUGAAAAAUGCCAACAAUGGAUGCCAGAAUAUAGUAUUACUGAGAAUAUGAUCUGUGCGGGAUAUGACAUAGGAGGAGUAGAUUCCUGUCAGGGAGAUUCAGGUGGCCCUCUGACAGCUGAAGAUGGUAACAAGUGGUUUUUGGUUGGUGUAACAUCAUUUGGCCGUGAGUGUGCACUUCCCAAACGACCAGGAGUGUAUGUUCGAGUCACCAUGUUUGUGGACUGGAUCAAAAAAUUCAUCUAUUAG